GAGGACUGCUAAGGAAGGCCCAAUGAGGGACAGCCAGCUGCUGCUCCAGAGCCAGAUUGUAGUGUCCCUUCACCACCACCACCACCCCCUCCAACGACAGAGACAAAAGGCCUGAUUCGCCUGCUGAACGCCCCCGUCCCCCCUUCUAUCCUUCCACUCAUGAAUGUCCGUGAAGGUGGCGGCAGCGGCCAAAGGCGGAAAGGAGGCCCGGACUGGGAGUGAAUCAGUGAAGCGGAGUGGGAAGAGGGGGAGGGGCAGGAGGAAGAAGAUGGAGGCUGGAAUGGCUGGGGUAAGACUGUAAGGCAGGUGCUGAGGCCUCGACAGGAAGACAUCAUCUGUCAAGUUUGGGGGGAAGAGCUGACUGGGUGAGAUCCUAAUUAGAGUAGGGAAAGGAACAUGGGAGAUAUGAAGACACCAGACUUUGACGACCUCCUUGCGGCCUUUGACAUCCCCGACAUGGUGGAUCCUAAAGCUGCAAUUGAAUCUGGCCAGCAAGAUGACCAUGAAGACAAAGUCAAGCAAGCAAAGUGUGGGUCAACAAUCACUGAAGAUGUUGGUGUAAGUGUCAUCGUCAAGAAUAUUAGAAAUGUGGAUACAAGUCCACAUGUUGGAACCCUGCUAGAAAAGGAUUUGCAGUUCCACUCCCAACCUAAUUCUAUAAGAAUAGGCAAUAAACUUCAAAAUGGCCUCUUGACUUCCAUGCCAACGGGGGUUCAUUACACCAAAAAUGAAUGGAAUCCGUCCAAGGCGGAUGGCGAAGCAGUAUGUAAGCAGUCGUCAACCUGCCAUCAGUUCAGUCCCAUCUCCAGCGCGGAGGAGUUUGAGGAGGACAAGACUGAAGUAGGUAAUCCAACUAGGAAAAGGAUUGGACAUUCACUUCUCAAGUCCACCACCAAGAAAGGGAAAGAGCCUUCUCAAUAUCCUGCAUCCAAAGCAAAGGACUUCAAAUCAGAUCAGAAUAACAAUCAAAAUAUCACUCUGGAAGUUUCCAUGUUCAAUAACACCCCUCAAACCAGUUUGUUUCAAGAGGAACCCAAGGAAACUUUUCCCUUUACACAUAGCGAGGAGAAUAAUGAGCAAACAUCCCAAGUCCAGUCAAAGACCUGUGCAAAACUUUCUUCUUGUAUAGCAGCCAUUGCCGCUCUUAGCGCUAAAAAAGAAAGCCCUAAAGGCUAUAUUUUAGAUUCUCCUACUACACAGAUGGACUCAAACCAAGACAAUAAAAAUUCCAGAGAUCCGGGGAAGAAACGUGAGCAGGAAUCGGCAUUGGAGUUGGCAAAGCGCCUGCUAUCAGGGCCACCGGAUAGUCCCUCUAGUGUCAAUAGUGAGAGUAGCAGCACGGACACCCCACCGGUCAUUCCAAAAGUCAGGAUAAAAACAAUCAAGACGUCUUCUGGACAGGUCAAGCGUACAGUCACUCGAGUCGUCCCAGAAUUGGAUCUUGACAGAGUGAAUAAAGAAGACCAUUUUGGUAAUGGCCUAACAGUCAAGGCCACCAGCGGUGCAUUUUUUUCAUCUCCCACAAUGUCCUCUUUGCCAACAACGGUUGUUGCAACCCGCGGAGGACCAUCAAUUGAAAUAACUAAGCAGAUGAGAAUUAAACCGGUAGCAACAGCUUUCCUGCCAGUCUCCGCUGUCAAGACAGCCGGUUCCCAAGUCAUUAACCUGAAGCUGUCUAACAACACCACAGUCAAAGCAACUGUCAUUCCAGCUGCCUCGGUACAAAGUGCCAGCAGUGCCAUCCUUAAAGCGGCAAACGCCAUGCAACGGCAGACUGUCAUGGUCCCUGCUUCCAGUCUGGCUAAUGCCAAACUUGUACCAAAGGCAGUCCAUUUUAGUAAUCUUAAUCUUCUCUCUAAAAAUGCGUCCUCUACUGUCAGCGAUUUCCAAAAAGCAAUGUCGUCCUCCAAGCAAUCCCAGCAACAGGAAUCACAACGACUUAAACAACAAGCACUUCUCAAAGGCCAGUCUUCGAAGAAACUCUCCAGGGUUCAAGUCUUCAGCAGCUCUCAAAGCUCUGUAGUUGAUGCUUUUAAUAAAGUCUUGAGUAGCAUGAAUCCCAUUCCUGUAUAUGUCCCAAACCUCACUCCACCAAGCUCAGCCUGUAUUUCUCUUCCCUCUCGUGGCUACAAGUGCCUGGAGUGCGGAGAUUCCUUUGCUCUCGAAAAGAGCCUGACCCAACACUAUGAACGCCGCAGUGUGCGGAUUGAGGUUACCUGCAACCACUGUUCAAAAAGUCUCAUCUUUUACAACAAAUGCAGUCUGCUGUCUCAUGCUAGGGGCCACAAGGACAAAGGCAUUGUCAUGCAGUGCUCACACCUAAUCUUAAAACCCAUCCCUGCAGACCAGAUGAUAAUGACAUCGCCCACAGACAGCAUCUCCUCCACCUCUGAUGCACAGGCUUUACCCGUUCAAACCACAGGAAAAGUUUCAAGUCGUGGGUCACAAAGUGGAAUGAUUUCAGACCCAACCAGUGCUGCUCCUGAGGCAGCCAUGCCCUUCGAGGAUGAUGCAUCAAAGCUCUGCAGGCACAGUCUGAAGUGUUGGGAAUGUCAUGAAACAUUCCAUGACGACAGCUCGCUAGCAACACAUUAUCAACAGGUCCUGGAGACCAGUGGGCAGAAAACUUGCACCGUGUGCCAAAUGCUCCUCCCAAACCACUGCAGUUUUCUAUCCCAUCAACGAAUCCACCAGCACAAGUCGCCAUACGUUUGCCCUGAAUGUGGCGCGAGCUGUCGUUCUGUCCAAUUCCAGUCCCACGUCACCAAGAACUGCUUGCACUACACCCGCAGAGUCGGCUACCGCUGUAUCCACUGUAGUGUGAUCUUCGCUGAUGUCGCAACUCUGAAGUCGCACAUCCAGACUACACACUGUGAGAUCUUCUAUAAAUGUCCGCUUUGUCCCAUGGCCUUCAAGUCUGCGCCCGCAACACACUCGCAUGCGUACACACAACAUCCUGGACUGAAAGCAGGCGAGCCCAAGCUUAUAUACAAGUGUUCCAUGUGUGAUACUGUAUUCACCCUGCAGUCUCUGCUCUACUCACACUUUGACCAGCAUGUUGUCAGUCACAAAGUUCCUGUCUUCAAAUGCCCUGACUGCUCCAUGCACUAUGCACAGAAACAGCUCAUGCUGGACCAUACAAAGGCCAUGCAUGGAACUUUGAAGACCAUUGAUGGUCCACCAAACUUGGGGCUCAACCUCCCUCUCAGCACCAAGCCUACAAAUUCAAACAGCACCAACAAUGGCCCCAGUAACAACAACAAAGAUGGAGUAAUCGCCAAUGGACAGAACAAGGGCGGAAAUAAGGGUGCACCUUCAUCACCCAAAAACCUCAGCAAAAGCAGUUCAGAGGAGCUUAAGGAUCCCAAUGGUUCAGGGUAUACUUGUGGAGAAUGCAACACCGUCAUCACUUCAAGGGAGGUGUUUGUGGCACACGUGAAACGGGAACAUGGCAAGAUACUGAAGAAGCACCCAUGCCGACAGUGCGACAAGUCCUUCAGUUCUACCCACAGUCUUUGUCGACACAAUCGCCUCAAACAUAAGGGGGUGCGCAAAGUCCACACCUGCCCGCACUGCCCGGCUCUCAGUCAGCCGUUCACAAAGAGAGUGCUGCUGGAUCAGCACAUUCAGUUGAUGCAUGGCGGCUCGGAGGAGAAGACUGCAACCUCUGAUACCAGGGAUGAUUUGUCAGAUAAGAAAUUGACUGUCAGUCCCAAGAGGAAGAACAAAGAAGAUGAGGGGUCUCUAGGGUUAAACCCCAGGAAUUUGGACUUGCAGCCCUUGAAGAGGCUCAAGGUGAACAUUCCCAAAGUUCACCGGUGCGCCGUCUGCGGCUUCACCACCGAGGACGUCGCCGCCUUCCACAAGCACAUCCCCCAGCACAAGUCGGACGGCUCGUCCUACCAGUGCCAGGAGUGCGGCCUGUGCUACACUUCGCCCCGCUCCAAGGCCCGACACCUCUUCAUCGUACAUCGGCUGAAGGUGCAAGGUCUCAACCGAUUCCGGGGUAAGGAUGACGACGAGAGCCAACGGGAGAACCAAGCGGACGUUAUGGCGGACAAUGAUGACGGGACGCCAAACACCAAAUGCAAAGUGUGUGGGAAGCUGUUUGAGACGGAGGGGAACCUGAACGCUCACAUGAGGACGCACGGCAUGGCGUUCAUCAAGGCCAAAAGACUCAGUUCGGCAGAGAAAUAAAACGAUUCCACUGUAGUAAAAACGUUUCGUCUUAUGUACUGUAGUUGUCACAAUCAACUUACAUGGUCCUACAAAAUACUGCAAUAUACAUAUAUUCUAUGUACUGUUCACACAGCACAUGUAAAAUACAGUAUAUGAGUCACUUUGUUUUUAAUUGAACAAAAGUAGUUUUUGUACCACAUGUUUCUAAAGAUUUUUUUUAUAGAAGAGCAUUUUAUUUUAAAUGGUUUCCACUGUUGUGUAGAGCUACAUAAUUUAUGGCUGUAGUGUUCUGUCAUUGUGAGAUUCUCCACGUGAACACAGGUAUUUUUAAAAUCUGACAUUUUCUACACUUUUUGGUCUUUCAUCCACUGACGUGUUUCUUCUCCUCUUCCGUUCUUCACUUUUUUUCGGCUGGUCCCCAUUAAACAAUGCCACAAUUUUGCACAACCGUCUUACUUUUACUAAUAUUCAUUUGAUACGAGAACACAUCCUGUGACGACAGCAAAUGCCUUUGUGUGGAAAAUCUAACUUUUUUUUUUUUUUUUAAAUACCUGCGUAUGAGAGGACUUAGCUUUUCAGUCAGUUAUUCUUGUUCAUUGGUACUGUGAAGAAUGUAAAUGUGGCUGUUACAUUGAAAAACAAAGCUAAACAUAAACUUUCCAGGAUGCUUUGAAUUGCCGACUUUGCAAUGGGCACACAUAUCGAUAAGCUGUAGGGCAGAAGGGAAGCAACUUUUUGACCAUAAGACAUUCGUCUCGCUGUAAAACUGCAUGUGAGAAGCAGUCUGUGAAUUGUUUAUUAGAAUGUUGUCUGUUGCUGCCACUGUUGCUGCUGAUUUUUAUUUUAUUAGAAAUGUGGAUCCUUGCGUAUA